AUGGAUAUCACGCGCCGCUCCUCCAAUCCAGCCGAGAUUGUGGACCCAACGAGCGUUGAAAUUGUGGAAGCACGGAGAGCAACUUUUGGUACAUGGUGGCCUUAUGAUGGCAAGAAAGGAUGGAAAUGCAAAAUGGAAAAGAUGGUAGAAGCGGGGUGGUACUUCUGCCCGAACGACGAAAGCGAUGAUUUCGUUAGCUGUGCGUAUUGUGAUCUGGGGCUGGAUGGCUGGGAACGCGGGGACGACCCAUUUUACGAGCAUUAUCGCCGGUCUCCGGAAUGUUCUUUCUUUCAUUUCGCACCGAUCCCAGGAAAGAAGGGAACGAAAGGUCGCAGCAUGAGUUCUCGCUCGUCCAAGGCUUCGCGAGUUUCAACUCAAUCAACAUUAAGCGCAUGGUCGGAAGUAGAAACGACAGAUCUGGAUAGCGAAAUGGAACAUAGUUUACUCUCACAGCCAGCCAAGAAUGCAGCGAAGUCUACGAAAGGAAGAAAGGGGAGGAAGCCAAAGUUAAAAAAGGAUGAGAUGGCUGAGAAUAGCGGGCAGGAAAACGAUCCCGACCACAACACAAAGGUUGCCGAGCCGCAAGCAAAGAAACAGCGAGAGAGGAAGCGGAAAAGCUCAGAAAUGACCCAAGAUCAGGAACCGCAAGGGACUCAAGCUUCUAGCGUUGUCUCGGGACCGGCAGCCAAAAGACGAGACACGGGUGCCAGGAAGGCCAGCACCGCCAAAAGCAAUAUAUUUCCUGAUGGGACGGAUGACGAAUUGAAUGCACCCGUUGAGCCGGUUAAAGUUGAGAAGCAGACCACUAAGAAAACAACGAAAAAAAGGAGCACAUCUACAAAUCGCGUCCCAUCGGCUACCUCUAAAGCAUUGUUAAAAUCGCAGAUUCCGGACGAUGCGGAGAUCGAAGCUGAGUUGGAAGCUGACCUGAAGCGAGAUAGCAUGGAUUAUAUCCAAGCUAAACCGGCGGUGGCUCACAAAGACUAUAUUUCCAAACAGGAUGAUAUUUCGUCAACAGAGACACGUACACUGACCCAUAAAGGGACUAAAAGAAACAAAAAUGCCGAAACUCCCCAAGACCACAUCGACGAUGUGGAAAAGCCUGGUCGUAAAAGAGUUCAAGGAAAAAAGAAAACUGCGAAGAAAAGCGCAGUUCAGCGACAAAACGAGGAAGAGGUCAACAGCGAAGGGCGAAUCUUCGAAGCCGAAAGCGAUGCUCACAUGGAUAUCGACGGUGGUCAACUAAUCUCCCUUGAACGGCCAAAAGUGUUAGAUGAAACCCUUGAUACACAAUCUUCUGAAAAGAUAAGACCUCUUAGUGGUCGGAACGAGCCUCGAAGCAAUAAAUCAGACGCCCACAAGCAAAGGCCUCUUCUAGAUGUCGAUGAUAAGGAACAGCCGGACUCGAUUUUCGAUGAAAACCAGAGGUCGGCAGUAUCUCCGCGAGCUACGAACGGAUCCCCGUCAGGUCUUAUUGAGAAUAAAUUGCCGUGGGGGUCAAGAUCACGAAAGAUAUCUGAACGGCAUACACACCUAGAUAGAACUGCACAUCGCGCGUCUAAUCCCGCACCAUCACCUCAAACCCAGGAGCGUACACCUUCUCCAUCGCCACAAUCGAAAAGACGCUGA